CUGAUGAUGAAAUUUUCCCUAAAUAAUUUCAAAUGCUCCUUUCUUCAACCCUAAAAACUCCAGCCCUCUUCUUUCCUGUUUCUACAAAACCCUCUCAAAAGCUACAAACGCCACCAUCCCGAAAUUCAAGCUUAUAUAUUUAUAGAAUAUAUAGAUACAUACAUACAAACCCUUGUAUCUAUAGUUUUUAGGUCUGAAAUGCACCAGAGAGAUGCAGAAGCUGCUGCGCAGAAGCCCAUCUGGCCCCCCAAUUUUAUCCGUUAAUUCUUCCCUCUCUCUACCCUGCUUCCUCUCCCAAGGGUUUUACAGUACCCGAAAUAGUGUGAAAAUGCCCCCAUCUGCCGCCGCUUCCUUCCACCAACCCCUCCACCACGGUCCCGAAAAUCCCAUAUCCACUGCGGCAGCCAAGAACCUCAAGUUUACGAAACUGGCCUCUAACAAUCGUCAUCUGUGCAGGUGUGCCAUCGAAAAUGGUAGUCGUAGUAUUAGUGGGGGGAGUAGUGCAGUUCCAUCGAGGGCUUGGGUUGUGUUGAAGGAGAGUAAGUGUGGUAAUAAGAGUGGGCCUCGUGCUCUGUGGUUUAGGACGCUGGUUGGGAGCUCAGAUAAGGGGGCUGAGUUUGCCGUCACGGAGGCUAAGGGAGUGGAUAAUUUGGAGUACGGAAAAGGUGCGGAGGAGAGGCAAGUGAGAGUGCAGAGGAGGCAGAGAAAUGGUGGAGUUGGAGGUGGGGUGGUUGUUGGGAACCCCGAUUUGUUGACAAUACCUGGAGUCGGGCCGAGGAAUUUGAGGAAGCUGGUAGAGAAGGGUUUUGAUGGUGUUGCUCAGCUUAAACGGCUAUAUAAAGAUAAGUUUUUAAUUAAUAUAUGUUGGUUGACGUGCUUGCUUUGAGAGAUAAAUUAGCAACCAUCGAAGGUU